AUGCCGCUUCUUGAGAACGCCAAUUUGCAUAUAAGCGGCAAUAUCGAAAGGGGCGAAGUACCAAACUUGCGGAGCUUUUCGAAGAUCAGUGUUCUUUCCGACUUGUACUUCGACUGUGAUGAGUUCACAGGCAAGCUCAAUGAGACUAAUCCAGAUGGUCUACCCGGAGAGGUAGUCUGUUCGUCUGAGCAGACACGGGCAGAUUCCACGGCAGAUAUACAUGGCGACGAUCGUGAUGCGGCCGCGCUCCUUAGUAGCGGAGGUGUUGGGCCCAUGUUUGCGUAUGCUGUUGCAGUUGUUGGUCUAGUGGGGGUCUUGUUCUAA